AUGGAUAAUAUGGAAUUUACGAAGAAGGUCGAAGCUGAAAGGGAUUUCUGGUCCUCACCUGGACCAUAUUUACGCAAGUCAAUGCUUGUAACCCUUGCCAGGAACAUAUCGGGCUGUGAACUUCCACUCGUAUACGAACACAACACAUUUGACGACCCAGAUCAUCCAGACCAGGAUGCAGAUAUUGGAUCCAGCUUGACCAUUGCGGAUGACAUCUACAAUGCAGUGGUAGAUUCCACUAAGAGUGUGGAGAUGAUGCAGUCUUCUGAUGUUGAUGAAGAGGAUGACGAGGAGGAAGACUCGUUCUGGUAUGAUUAA